AUGAAGUAGAUGGGAGAAUCCAAGAACAUGGUGCUGAAUGGAAGGAGACAUGGCAGUAGGUUCUCCAGCAAUCAGCCCGUUGGGAAGACCAGGCUGCAGAAUGGCCAGAGGGCCCACCUGCGCCAGAGCAAAAGCUCCCCUAGUGGCAGGAGAUGCAGCCGGCGUGUCAUUGGUGUAGCCCCAGAGCCAGAGAGGCGCCAUGUGCCCUCAUCAGGGAUGACUGCUAAGGAGCUGUGUGAAUAUGACGACCUGUCCACCAGCCUGAUUCUGGACUCUUACUUGGGUUUUCAGACUCACAAAAUGAAUAUGAGGUUUCGCCCAAUCAAGGGUCGGCAGUCGGAGCUUAGAGAAGUGAUUGAAAAUUUAAAGAAGAAUGACAACCUGGAAAAAGCAUUCCAGGCUUUGACCUCUGCAGACUGGAGAAGACAUCACUUUCUUAAUAAGACAAAGGCCCAGGAGAAGCUGUUCAAAGCACAUGUCUUUGUUUACUUGCGUAUGUUUGCAGCAGACAGUGGGUUUGAGAUUCUUCCAUGCAAUCGCUAUUCCUCUGAGCAAAAUGGAGCCAAAAUUGUAGCAACAAAAAUUUGGAAAAGGAACGAUGAAAUUGAACACCUUGUGGGUUGCAUUGCUGAGCUGUCUGCUAAUGAAGAGAAGAUGUUGUUACGCCAUGGAGAGAAUGACUUCAGUGUCAUGUACUCUACGCGUAAGAACUGUGCUCAGCUUUGGCUGGGACCUGCUGCUUUUAUUAAUCAUGAUUGCCGGCCAAAUUGCAAGUUUGUAUCCACAGGUCGAGACACUGCAUGUGUCAAGGUUCUGCGGGACAUUGAACCAGGGGAAGAGAUCUCAUGUUACUAUGGAGAUGGCUUCUUUGGAGAAAACAACGAAUUCUGUGAAUGCUAUACUUGCGAAAGGCGUGGCACGGGUGCGUUUAAGUCAAAAGCAGGACUGCCUGUCGAGGUUGCAGUGAUCAAUAGCAAGUACGGCCUGAGGGAGACUGACAAGAGGCUCAACAGACUGAAGAAGCUGGAAGAGGGCAGCAAGAAAUCAGACAGCCAGUCUGUUGCCUCUGAAGCAGAGUCUCAGGAACCACCUAGUGGACAUACAUCAUUACGGAAGAGGAUGUCGCAACCCUGUCUCAAAGCACACUGCAAAGGCAGAGCUGUGACAAGGCAAACUCGGCCAAGCACUCCUACCUCUACCUCACCCCCUAAACGAAGUCAAACAGCCAACUCAAGUUUACCAAAGAGACUUAAGUCAAAGCCUGCACAGCCUUUGUCUAAAGGAAGGAGACGGCGUCAAGCAGCAGUUCUGAAAGCGCCAACCAGAGCAAGUGUAGGGAGCUUGAACCUCAAGCAGCCUUGCAAAAGAGAGGCGGACAGUCGAGUCCCUCAGUUCUCUGGCUGCAGGGGUGGCAUUAAGCCUGCUGCAGAUCAUGAAAACAAUCAGAACUCCCCAAAGGGUGCUUCAGCCUGCAAGGGCAGUGUGUCUUGCCCAUACAGAACUCGCAGGUCCAGCAGGACCUCUCUCGGUGCUCAUGAGCGUGAUGGAGGCAAGCGUGGCUCAAAGCCAAGCAGCACAAACAAGGUUGUUGGUAGCACGGCCCUCAAAAUGGAGCCUGAUGGUUUUGUUCCCACAAUGCCUGGCCAUCAGAUGAACAUCCCCAGCCUUGAGGCCAGCUGUCCCAAGAAAGGGACAUGCCCAAGACGGAGGAGGACGAUAAAACAGGAGGAAACGGGCACCUACAUCGACGAUCUUCUUCAGGACGGGGUGCCUGACCUGCGACAUGCAGCACAUACUGCUGACAUGGCAGAGUGUGCCAAGGUGCCACUUGCCCUGCCAGAACGGCAUUAUGAGGGCUUGGCGGAGAGUUCCAAGGUGUCACGGCGCAUGAAGGGGGGCAAGAAAAAGCGGCGCAUCACACGCUAUGACGCACAAUUAAUCUUGGAGAAUAACACAGGCAUCCCAAAGCUGACACUGCGGCGGCGGCAUGACAGCAGCAGCAAGAAGAAAGAGCAUCGAGAUGCCAAGGCUGUGCGACGCUCAUCGAAGAUCAGCAUCAAGUUCAGCAAAGAGCGGGAAAAUGAGCAUGCUGGCCUGUAUGUGGCCAAGCUGAACAAUGGUUUUGGUCAUGGACCUCACGGGAGCUCCACCAAGCUGAAGAUCCAGCUAAAGCGUGAGGAGGAUGUGACUUUCACAGGUUUAGUCAAGAGGGAAGAGGGUGAAGUUCUGGAGAGAGAGGUGGGAGUUCAGAUGGGUCGGAACAUCAAGGAGGACUCGCUGACUUCAGAAGAUGAGGAGGAGGACUACUUUGACAAUGAGGAUGACUUCAUCCCUCUUCCACCAGCGAAACGUCUGCGGCUCAUUGUGGGCAAAGAUUCCAUAGAUAUUGACAUCUCCUCAAGAAGGAGAGAGGACCAGUCACUCAGACUCAAUGCCUAAGCUAUGUAAAUAACCCUCAGUCCUACCAAUUAUGUGUUCAUUUUGAAUGACUUAAUUUGAAUGUGGAGUAAGAAUGGCAAAUGUACAGUGAAAUCAACAUGAGAUAUCUUUCUAUACAUUUUAAUGGUGGCACUUCUUUAUUGUUUAUUCUUCAUGAAUAUAAAUAUUGUAGAAAGUGUACAGAUGUGUAUGAAUUCUAUUUGUCAAUUUAAUGUGCAGAUGUUAGUCGGUGUUUUGUCCAGGUUUGCAGUUUUAUUCCAUUAGAGGGAUAGUUCAAUCAACACUAAAAAGCUAACAGGGUGAUGAAAAACCAUAGCUGGGGUGGUCCGAUCUUCAAUCAUUAUUGGGCAUUUUAGCAUGUUUUGGUGGAACUAUUCCUUUCACAUCUCAAUCUGGUGAGAGAAAGAAGGGCUGGAAUCUGUUCAUCUUUUUUCACAAACAUGAUGCAUGUGUUCACCUCUGAAGCUAGCUAUCAGUUUUUUAGUUAAACAGCAGUGUGUGGGAUCUUGUUUGAUUCACUGUGUCUGAAGGGAAUAUUAAAGAAGUCAAAUUGGUAAUCUGGUAAAAAAAAAAAAAAAAAAAAAAAGUCAAUAAAAUCUCCCUACUGAACUUAUGUUUGAAUAUUGGCAUCACAUUAUUGUGUCCAUCCAAAGGCCAUGGUGCUCACUGUUGUGGCCUGUGA